UGCCAAUAGCACAAAGUUGAAACAGACCUUCGAGCCAACCUCAUCUAUCUCAAGUCCUCUGACAUUAUCCUCAGUUCUGGAGCACCAAUGGCGGUGGUGAAUUGCUGCCUUUCAGUGACUUCCACCACAUCCCCCGACUCCCCAAAUCCUUCAUCUCCUUCUUCCUCCUCACAGCGGCUGCCGACCAAGAUUAUUCUUCCCAGCAAGAAGCCCUUGAAAUGGUCCACUGGGGUUGCCCCCGGCGAAUAUGGUGGUCCACCGACGACUACCAAGCUCAGGAAGUACUGGGGCGGUGAUGAGGAUCCUCUUGCCUCCGAUGAUUACUUGUGGAAUAAAGACUUCAUGGAUCGUAUGAAAAAGUUCAUUAAAGACCCUGAUGAUGAUGCUGCCUCUGCCGAUGUUUCCGCUGCGUCUUCUAGGGAGCCUUCUGGAUUUCUGAGCUUAAAUAGAGUGAUGAGUCUCGACAACUUGGAAGUUGACUUGAGCAAAGAGCUUUCAGGAACUUCGGCAACUUCAGAACCUUCGGCGCAGGAACAUCAAGUUGAAGAGCCGACAAUGAGAACUGGUAAAAGAUGGCGACCAGCGCCAACAAGGCGUGAGCAAGAAAAGUGGGACAGAGCUACUAAGGCUGCAACUGGAGGCAGUGAUGUCAUGUUUCGGGAAUCAAGACGUUCGAUUGGGGAUCCUGAAGUUUUGGCUGCUCAGUCGAGGGAACAGUAUUAUAAGUUGAAGAACAAAUUGCAGUUACUUACACUCGGAAUUGGGGGUGUUGGAGUUGUUUCAUCAUAUUUUUCAUACACUCCAGAAAUUGCAGCCAGCUACGGUUUUGGCUUGCUUGGUUCUCUAGCAUACAUGCGAAUGCUUGGGAACACUGUUGAUUCCAUGGCAGAUGGAGCAAGAGGAUUGGUGAAGGGUGCGGUGGGACAGCCAAGGCUACUGGUUCCCGUGGUCUUGGUGAUGCUCUAUAAUCGAUGGAAUGGAAUACUUGUUCCGGAUUAUGGAUUGAUGCAUCUCGAAUUGAUUCCAAUGCUUGUGGGGUUCUUCACAUACAAGAUUGCUACUUUUACACAAGCUCUUGAGGAUGCUGUGAAAGCACUUGGUGGAGAGAACCAGGCUUGAUUGAUUUUGCUCCCUAUUUUAUUUAGUUGUGGUUUUAUGAAACAAUAAUAGAUUGAUGUUUUUGUUGUUUGUUUGUAAACGUGUAUCAAUUGUUUGCUAAUAAUAUUUUAGUUUAUGGAUGCC